CCGCGCUGGUCCCGCACCGUGUCCCGGUGGCCCGCCCCGUCCCUCAUUCCGCCCCGGUGUAACGGGGGACGGGGAGCGCCGGCCCCACGCCUCGGCCGCCGACAGGCCCCGCGGCUCCGGCUCCAUCCCCGCCCCGCGGCCCGGCAGCCGGGGGAGCCGGGUCAGCGGCGGCUGCCGGGGCCGGGACCAGUGCGCCCGUCUGUUCGCGAGGGGACCCGCUCGGCCUCGCAGGAUGUCCCAGCCGCCCUCCAUCACCCUCCACGUCCCCGAGGGCACCGAGAGUGAUGGCCAGGAGACCAGUCCAGACAACGAGAGUGCCCUGCACACCUCAUUCCACCAGCUCAUCCUGGAGCAGAGCAGCUUGAUCGAGGCAGGGCUGGAGCUGGAGUUGCAGGAGAGGGGCAGAGAGUCCCCAGCCUACUUGGCUACUCCAGAUGCCUCUGCUGUGACCUGGCCAGAGCCCGGGCAAGGUGAGGAGCACCCCAGCUACUCCUCUGCCUCCCUGCAGAUUUUGGCCAGCAUGCCCAGCUGCACCAUCGGCCGCAACCUUGGGGCCAUCAUCUCCCAGUAUUGCAACCGCACGGCCCGGCUGCGGCGCCGGAGCAGCCGCCCACCCCUGCAGCAGCUCUGCCGUGCAGCACGGCCCAGCCUGCGCCAGUACGACCUGGAGACGGACCCCAGCAGGGCCACGCUGGAAGAGAAGCGGUGUCUGCUGGUGAAGGAGCUGCUGAACCUCUCACCCAGCCAGUGCAGCCACAUGCUGCUCACCAUGCCCCUCAGCCUGGCGGAGAAACGCAUCCUCCGGCGGCAGCUGAGCAGGCAGAGGGACCCCCUGAGGCAGCGCACCCAUUACUGGGCCCCCUCCUCACCCUGUGGUUGGUCCAAGGUCUGCGUCAUCCUCGGCUGCCGAGGUCUCUGGUACCGGCUCCUCUCCCUGCUCCGCACUGCGCAGCCCUGGCACUAUGCCCUGAAGCAGAUCGGUCGCCGCUUUGGCUCCAGUGUCCUCUGCUACUUCCUCUUCCUCAAGACCCUCCUUAUGUUGAACUUCUUUUCAUUCUUCAUCCUCCUGGCCUUUGUGGUGGUCAUGCAGGCCGUGUACCCCCCUGCAUCGGUUGGCCCCCAGCCCUUCACUGGCCUCGAGCUCCUCACAGGAGCGGGCUACUUCACCCACUCACUGCUCUACUACGGCUACUACAGCAACAUCACCCUGAAUGACCCCUGCACCUCCAGUCCCAAGGGCAGCGUCUGCCCCCUCGCAGUCCCCCUGCUCCCGUACAACUUGCCACUGGCCUACCUGUUCAGUGUUGGGGUCUCCUUCCUUGUCACCUGCAUCCUGCUGGUGCGCAGUGUGUCCCGCUCUUUUUGGGAGAGCGUGGGAAGCUCCACAGGGGACUUGGCCCUCAAAGUCUUCUGUGCCUGGGACUUCAAGGUGAUCCAGAGGCGCUCGGUGAAGCUGCAGUGUGAGAACAUCUGCACCCAGUUGAAGGUGCUGCUGGUGGAGCAGCGCUCCCGUUCCCACACGCAGAGCUGCUGCCAGUGCCUGGGCCACCGCAUCGUAGUGCUGCUGGCCUGGGUCCUGGCCCUGGCCUCGGUGUUCGGCUGUGUGCUGGCCGUGCACCACUUCUCAGAACACAUGCACAUGUUGCUGCUCCCCCCAAGGACUCCACACCUGGCUGCCAACAGCUGUGCACUCACCCCGGUACCUGCUCACCAGGUUCAGCAGGAGCAACAAGCACAGGGCAGUGGCAGAUGGCAGCAAGAAGCCAUUCUGCUGGUCCUGCCCCUUGUGGUGUCCCUCCUCAAUGCCCUGAUGCCCCGCCUGUACAACUUGCUGGCCAUGUGGGAGAAGCAGGACUCCCCGGUGACACAGGUCUACGUGGCAAUCAUCAGGAACCUCACUCUGAAGACAAUGGUUCUCGUCCUGCUGUGCUACCAGUGGCUCAGCCGUGGCGUUACCUGCUCGACAGAGGAGUGCUGGGAGACCUGUGUGGGGCAGGACCUGUAUCGCUUCAUGGUGAUGGAUUUCAUAUUCACCUUGCUGGACACACUCUUUGGGGAGCUGAUCUGGAGGCUAAUCCUGGAGAAGAGGCUGAAGACAAAGCAGAGGCCAGAGUUUGAUAUCGCCCGAAAUGUGCUGGAGCUGAUCUAUGGGCAGACUCUGACCUGGCUGGGCAUUCUCUUCGCUCCACUCCUGCCAGCUGUGCAGAUGCUGAAGCUGCUGCUGUUGUUCUAUAUCAAAAAGACCAGCCUGAUGUGGAACUGCCAGUCCCCCAGCAAGCCCUGGCAAACAUCGCGCAUGAGCACCACGUUCAUCACUCUGCUGUGCUUCCCCUCCUUCCUGGGUGCAGCUGCCUUCCUCUCCUACACCAUCUGGUCGGUGCAGCCGUCAGAAACCUGCGGUCCCUUCCGGGGGCUGGAAACCAUCUACGAGUCAGGGAAGAAUUGGGUGCUAGUGCUGGAGAAGUCCAACCCAAAUAUCACCUGGUUUACCUGGUUCUACCAGCAUCUGUUGGAGAAGACCAGCCUCCUGUUCUUCUUGUCUGUGGUCCUGAUGUGGUCAGAGGCCGCCAGACCAUCAUCUGCCUGCUCCAGGAGCAGAUUGCCAACGAAGGGGAAGAUAAGGUAUUUCUCAUUCAGAAGCUCCGCUCCAUUUACGAGCAGAGACGCAGACGUUUCUGAGUCCCAGUGUGAAGCUCCGCAGGAAAGAAUGGGAUGGAACCAACUCUGCUUGCAGCUGGGACUGAAUCUGUCAGCACUGGAAGCUGGGGGACCAUGGAGUGCUGGGGAAGAUCCUCCCCUCCUGCCAUUGCCAAGGACCCAUUGGGCCAUGUCACUGGGAAUGCUGCAUCACAGGGGUGCCGGUGGUUCUGCUGCCUGGAGCUGCUGGGAUGCAGUAGGCACAGAAGCAGGACUGCUGUCACACCCCAGGGCACAGCUCCACGCAGGACUGCCUGCCCAGCACACCCCUGCUCCGUGGGGGCUCACUACUUCAGCUCUCCCUCCUGCCCAUGUGCCUGGGCUGUUUUCUGAAUCCUUUGGGGACCAUGGAGCUUUCUCCACAACCACCUUCACACUGCCUAGGGACAGCAAGCAUGGAGCCAGGAGCUGCCAGGCAUGGACCCAGCUCCAGCCCAGUGCCUGGCUCAGCAGGAGAGCAGCUGGCUUGAUUUCAGUCCCACAAACAAGGUCACCAGGCCACCCCCAGCAGCCCUGCACCCACUGCGCUGGAUGGUCAGAUGGACUUGGAAGAAUCACCACGAUGCCUGAUGCUGGGCUGGGCAGGGACCCUGUGGGCUCAAGCUGACCUGGCCCAUUAAAGUGCUGCUGUGCAGGAGUGCUCUGGCUGGUGUCAGGACCUGUUGGGCUGGAAGCAGGCAGGUAGGGUUGGUUUGUCAGUGCUGUUCGUGGUGGUGACUCAGCAGCAGUGUCAGGGUGUGCUCGGGCUCCUUGGCACCAGCUGCUUUCCCAUGGGGCUGCCUGGGGCAGAGCCCAGUUCUCCCCUGCUGGAGCAAAGGCCACUGUCACCACGCUGGCACUCACCAUCACGGUGCCAUGGCUGCAGCCCCCAGCACCAAGAACCACUCCCCUCCGUGUCAUGCUGUUGGCAGCUCCAGGCCCUGGGAUGGCAGCUGCCACAGCACUGACUGGGCAGGGUGUGCUGUGCCACGUGCCAGGCACGGGCAGCCACCAGUACCCUGUGACUUGGCACCAGGGCUGCCAGCUGCAGCAGCUGCCUGCCCAGCUGGGCUGGGCCAUCAGCAUGAGCACAGGCCCAGCAUGGACAGACACUGCUUUGUGGUGUGGGUACAGGGCAGGUUCUCUCUGCAGCCACACCUCUUCCUGUGGUGAAUUAACAAAAGCAUCGCUAGCAGGUCAAGGGAGGUGGUCGUGCCCCUCCACUCAGCCCUCGUGAGGCGACAGCUGGAGUGCUGUGUCCAGUUCUGGGCUCCCAGGACAAGAGGGACAUGGUACUCCUGGAGCAGGUCCAGAAGAGGCUACAGUGACUGUGACAGGACUGAAGCAUCUCUCUAAUGAGAACAGGCUCCAGGAGCUGGGCCUGUUCAGCCUUGAGGAGAAACAACUGACAGGGGACCUCUCCAUCUGUCAGCAGGGAGGUGUCAGUGGAUGGACCAGGCUCUACUCCAUGGUGCCAGGCAAUGGGACAAGCAACAAGCAGAAACUGAUGUAGAGGACAUUCCACCUGAAUAUAAUUUUGAUGCGUCCCCUCCAA